AUGCCAAAGGCGACACGCCGGCGCCGGCCGCACCGGCGCCAACCGCACCGGCGCCAACCGCCCCGGCGCCAACCGCCCGGCGCCGCGCCGACCGCCCCGGCGCCGGCCCCGGCGCCGGCCGCGCCAGUGGCCGAGUCGGCUUCAGCGACGCAGGGGGAGCUGGUGACACCACCGGUGGAGUCUCCCAACGCACAAAGGUGGGCAAAGAUCAUCCAGGACAUGCAUGGCUCGUUGUCAAAGGAGAGUGUCUUGGCGCUGUGCCACUUCCUAUGUCAAGCUGGCAGCGGCCAUGGGUCCAAUAGCGAAGGUGAUGCUUUUCACCUGGCCGGCGACAUCUUGGUGGCACUGGCGGAACGGGAACAUCUGGACCUUGUGCGCAGCGAACUGAUGAAGGUGCUCUCCACCCUGGUCACCGACAUCGAGAAAUCCCUGGAGUCUGCAGUGCUGGGCACGGCGGCGGCCACGCCGUCCAGCAUCGAAGCGCGCUUUCUGCGGGUGGUAAGGACGUUGACAGAGGUCUUCCGCGCCGAAGGCUCCACGGUGGCGGUGGUGAAGCCGAAAGCCUUCGAAGAGGCCCGUGUGGAAAUGUUGUGGGAUGCCUUGGAUCAGACCCUGGAACGACUCCAUGAGGAUUCCCUGCACGACGCCGCGGCCAGCGCCACGCCGGCGCAGCGGCUGCUGUCCGGAUCCGACGCGCAGGACAUGAACCAAGCCUCACCUCCCAAGCCCCUGCUGAAUCGUCUGCUGCCGUUGAUCGAAGCCUUCUUCGUCCUCCACGGCCGCCUGCCCGACGCCACGACCGGCGUCACGUCGCCGGCAAGCCCAGCGAGCCCGGCGUCGCCCAAGCGCAACGAAACGGCCGGGGGAUCGCGGUCCUCAAAGGCACGACAUGCGUCGCCGCAGCACGUCUUCGCGGAGCAGCACGAACAAACGGCCGCGGAGAAGUCGCGCUUCGGCCAGUUCUGCAAGAAGCACCGGCGCCCGCUGAACGCCCUGCUGAAGCAGACGCCUUCGCUGUUGUCCAAGUCCUUUGCACCGGUGUUGCAGCUGAUGCCCAGCUGUUUGGACUUUGACAACAAGCGCGCUUACUUCAGGGCACAGUUGAGGUCUCGACGCCUGGAGAGCAGAUACCAAACCAUUCGUUUGCGCGUGCGACGCAACGAGAUCUUCAUGGAUUCGUAUCACCAGUUGCGGAUCAGAAGCGGAGAGGAAAUGAGAGCCAAAAUUCAGGUUCAGUUCCAAGGGGAAGAGGGCAUCGAUGCCGGUGGCGUUGCCAAGGAAUGGUAUGGAGCUCUUGCCAGGGAAAUUUUUAAUCCGAACUAUGCUCUCUUCGUGCAAGCAGGUGGCAAGGCCUGUACCUACCAUCCGAAUCCCAUGUCCUAUGUGAAUCGAGACCACCUUCAAUUCUUCCACUUCAUCGGAAGGGUCGUUGGUAAGGCGAUACACGACGGACAAAAUUUGGAAGCCUGGUUCACCAGAGGUUUCUACAAGCACAUGCUGGGCAAGAAGGUGAUCCCUGCGGACCUGGAAGCCUUCGAUCCUGAGUACUUCUCCAACCUCAAGUGGAUGCUGGACCAUGACAUCAGUGACAUCAUCGAGCUCAACUUCUCUGCUGAAAGCGAUGAAUUGGGACAGAUGAAGGUGGUCGACCUGAAACCCGAUGGACGAACUCUGCCGGUGACCAACGAGAACAAGCAUGAGUACAUCCAGCUCGUCUCGGAGCACAAGAUGACCAACUCCGUGAAGCAGCAGAUCGAGCACUUCUUGAAAGGCUUGCACGAGAUCGUUCCUCCUCAGUUGCUGUCCUUGUUUGAUGACAAGGAGUUGGAACUCUUGAUUUCAGGUUUACCUGACAUCGACAUCGAGGAUCUGAAGCAGAAUACGGAAUACCACAACUACACCCCACAGUCAGAUCAAGUUCAAUGGUUCUGGAAAGUCUUGAGUGAUUUCACACAGGAGCAACGCGCCUGGUUCCUCCAGUUCGCUACUGGUACGUCGCGGGUGCCGGUGGAAGGCUUUAAGGGGCUGGUUGGCAUGCGAGGGCCGCAGAAAUUCUCACUGCAUCGAGCCUAUGGUGGCGACAGACUGCCAUCCGCACACACGUGCUUUAAUCAGGUGGAUCUGCCGGAGUAUCCCAGCGAAGACGUCCUGCGCGAAAAGCUGUUGCAGGCCGUCAGUGAGGGCCACGAAGGGUUCGGAUUUGCUUAGAGGCUCAUCUUGCCCACGUCCUUUGCGACGUAGGGAGAGUGAGUCCGAUGCACUCACAGAGGAUGCAAUAAAGCGACAACCGCUUUGAUUUCAACAUGG